AUGACUUGUCAGUGUCAUUCUUCUGGGCCAAGUUCAAAUUUUAUAGUGAACUUUAGCAUAUCUUAUCGUUUCGACUCAACAGUUUAUUCUUCGUAUGGUUAUUAUGAGCCACAUAUCAAAACUCACGGACCAGAGACGAGAUAUCCACCACCGUCUCGUAAUUUUGCGGCUGGGAGAUCUAAGAAGGUGGCGUGGUUUGUAAGUAACUGUAUAGCGACAAGCCCUAGAAUAAAAUACGCCAAAGAAUUAUCUCGACAUAUACCCGUUGACAUAUACGGUGGAUGUGGCACGAAAUCGUGUCCGAAGAAUAAAGCAACAUUUGCCUCAACGCCUGAAUGCUUAACUACGAUUCGUGAAAACUACAAAUUUUAUUUGAGCUUCGAGAACAGUUUGUGCACUGAAUACAUAACCGAGAAACUCUACAGAAAUGCCCUCAACAACGAUAUACUUCCUAUUGUGAUGGGAGCUUCAAUUGAGGAAUACGAGAGGGUUGCUCCACCAUACUCCUUUAUUCACGUUGAUCAGUUUGAAUCACCAGCAAAACUCGCAGAAUAUUUGCAUUACUUGGACAAAAACGAUACUGCAUACAAUGAAUACUUCGCUUGGCACGGUCAUGGUAUUAUCCACGACUGGGAUUCACAACCACAGUGCGCCAUGUGUUUACUAGCACAUACUUCUCCCCUGUUUGGACCGUAUUGGGUUCCAGGAGUAGCGAGAUGGUGGAAUAGUGGAUGUGAUGAACGAAAACUGAGAUGGGGAUCAUAAUUGUAUUUGAAUGCUGAAAAAAACACAGAUGUCCUUUGUUUUGUGCUCUUUCAAGUGAGCAAACAUAUCUUGUGGAUGUUUACUUUUUCUGUGCAAAUAAUUUUCUUACACGUCUUCUUUCAUAUCAUUGGUGAUAAAAAUAGUAAAAUUCGGCAAAUGCAUAACGAAUAUUUUAUCAAGACUAUUGAAAUCUCAUCAUCACUCACCUUCUCCAAUUUAUGUGAGAAAAUAUUUUUUACCGAAGAUUUUCUACUUCUCUUUUGAUAAGAAAGAGACAGUUAUGUACCUAACUGGUUUUUUGUAUUACAGUCUAUCUUAACACUAGACUGUAUCAUUUUUAGAAAUUAUCAUUGUACAAUACCUACAACUGUUAGCAAAGAAUGUAAAUGAAAACUGUUUGGCAAGAAAUAAACUCUUCCCAACGUG